AUGGCAAGCUUAGUUAUUGCAACUGUUCCCAACCUUGCCACCGAUCAAUCUGCUCUUCUUGCCUUAAAAGCUCAAAUUUCUUAUGACCCGCACAAUGUUUUGACAAACAACUGGUCUACCAACUUCUCUAUUUGCAACUGGAUCGGUAUCACUUGUGGUUCUCGCCAUCAUCGAGUCAUCGCAGUAAACCUUUCUUACAUGGAUCUUAUAGGCACUAUUCCUCCACACGUGGGAAACCUUUCAUUUCUUUUUAGUCUAAACAUUGAAAACAACAGUUUUCAUGGCUCUAUUCCCAACGAGUUGUCUCAUUUUCAUCGAUUGCAACACUUAUCCUUCGGAUUCAAUAACUUCAGUGGAAAAAUCCCUUCAUGGAUGGGGCUGUUGUCCAAUCUUCAAGAUUUGUCUCUAUAUGGUAACAGAUUCUCGGGGACUAUUCCACCAUCUCUAUCCAACAUGUCUUUGUUGCAAAUAAUUGAUUUUAGUUAUAACCAACUUUCGGGCUCCAUUCCAUCCUCAAUCUUCAACAUAUACAGCUUGCAAGAAAUUGAUCUCGAAGACAACAUGUUUUCUGGUCUGAUGCCGUCCAUUAUUUCCAACAUUUCAUCAUUGAAAGUCAUUUACCUAGGAGCUAAUAAGCUUUAUGGUACAAUUCCACCCACUUUGUUCAAGUGCAAACAACUGCAAUAUUUAUCAUUGGCGAAUAAUGAUUUCAUUGGAAGUGUACCUUUGGAAAUUGGAGACUUAACCAUGCUCACAAAGUUAUACCUUCACAACAACAUCUUUGGAGGUACUAUUCCACCCACUUUGUUCAAGUGCAAACAACUGCAAUAUUUAUCAUUGGCGAAUAAUGAUUUCAUUGGAAGUGUACCUUUGGAAAUUGGGGACUUAACCGUGCUCACAGAUUUAUACCUUAACAACAUCUUUGGAGGAAGAGUACCUCAAGGAAUUGGAAACUUAACCAUGCUCAUAGCAUUAGGCCUUUCCCACAACAACUUUGGAGUUGCCAUGCAUAGGCCACCCUGGCCUAUAAGGUGGAUGCUCGGCCAGGCCCAUGAGGUGGAUGUUCAGCUAGACCCAUGA